ACGACUUCCGUCCGUUGCGUGAGAAAGGCGGAACCAACGGCCCUACGGAGGGAACAAAGGACGGCUGACUGAACCAAUAUGUGAAUAGUCUGCUCCCCGUAGGCCAGUCUCCAGCCGCGAUGUCAAAACGCCCUUCCUACGCUCCUCCCCCUCCCCCUGCCCCAACUACACAAAUGCCUUCCACCCCAGGGUUUGUGGGCUACAACCCUUACAGCCAUCUGGCCUACAACAACCUCCGGCUGGGAGGGAGCUCCGGAGGCUCCAGCAGGAACUCCACGGGCAUCACCGUCCCGAAGCCUCCCAAGCCUCCAGACAAGCCCCUGAUGCCAUACAUGCGGUACAGCCGGAAGGUAAGCAGGAAGGUAUGGGACCAAGUGAAAGCAUCCAACCCGGACCUCAAGCUGUGGGAGAUUGGAAAGAUUAUCGGAGGGAUGUGGAGGGACCUGACUGAUGAAGAAAAGCAGGACUACCUGAAUGAGUACGAAGCUGAGAAGAUUGAGUACAAUGACUCUUUGAAGGCCUACCACAACUCGCCGGCCUACCUGGCCUACGUCAACGCCAAAAACCGGGCCGAGGCGGCGAUGGAGGAGGAGAGCAGGCAGAGGCAAAGUCGUAUGGACAAAGGAGAGCCGUACAUGAGCAUCCAGCCCGCUGAAGACCCUGACGACUAUGAUGAUGGUUUCUCAGUAAAGCACACAGCAGCCGCUCGCUUUCAGAGGAAUCACCGGCUGAUCAGCGACAUCCUCAGUGAGAUUGUGGUGCCUGAUGUCCGCUCGGUGGUCACCACGGCCCGCAUGCAGGUCCUCAAGAGGCAGGUCCAGUCUCUUAUGGUGCACCAGAGGAAGCUGGAGGCAGAACUCCUGCAGAUCGAGGAUCGCCACCAGGACAAGAAAAGACGUUUUCUGGAGACCACCGACUCAUUCAACACUGAGCUGAAGCGGCUGUGCAGUCAGAAGGUUGAGGUGGACAUGGAGAAGCUAGCAGCAGAGAUGGCUGCAGCUGAGGAGGCAGCGAGGCGCCGGGCCGAAGAGAGGGAGCGCGAGGCGGCCGAGCAGGCGGAGAAAGCCGCUCAACAACAGCAGCAACAACAGGAGGCUGCUGCUAACAAAAGUGCAGAGCAGAGCGGCGCUAACGCUAGCAGCACAGCUAACCCCACCUCAGGGCCCAAGGAGGAGGACAAGGCCACUCCAAUGGAGACAGAUGAGGCGGCGCCUGCAGAGCCUCCCUCCGACUCUCAGUCUGCUCCACCUCCUCCGUCUGAUCUGCCCUCCUCUGCCUCUGAUAAAGCCACCCCUCCUCCUGAGCCCCCCAGGGAGAGCAGCACCCCCGGCAGCAGCGCCCCCAGCGAUGAUAGCAGCAGCAGCAGCAACAGCAUGCCGCCUCCACCCUCAGACAGCAGCACCCCUACAGCAGCAGCAGCCCCCCCAGACCCUCCUGCCGGCUCAGAGGCCUCCUCCACUACUACACCUAACCCUAACGUGGCUGCAGCGCCUCCCCCUGCCUCGGAAGAAGCAGCCCCUCCUCCACCACAGCUACUACCCCCCAGUCAGAGCAGCCAGCAGUACGACAUGUAAUAGUUAGAGCCUCAGUGGUAGCUGUAGAAGUGCUCCCUGUGCUGCAGCUCUCCACCUCUGGAUGGAGCCGUAGUGCUGUAGUUGUGCAGCAGGUGCAGAUGAAAUGGGACUUGUGCGGUGGCUCUGUGGUGAAAAUAAUUGGGAAUGAGAGGCGUCAAGUGGCAGAGGGUCCGUUAGUGAGGUCAGUAAAUAGUUAACACAUACAGGAGUGAUGUCGGGUUUUCAACAUCCAGCUUCUUGAACGUGUUUGUCUCCUUUAACGUUAGUCAGCAUGCCUGAGCGACUUACCUGGAACACCACCAAAGACAAUAACAUCUGACAGCGCUCCAGGCAUGGUUCAAGCCAUUCCUUCUUUCUAGUCCUAUCACUUGGUGGGUUUUUGUAGAAUAAAACAGAUACUGACACACAGGACGCUACGAUGCUGUAGAAUGGUUUCUGGUCAGCAGGAACCCCACUGACUGCUCAUUUCCAAGUAUCUAACUCCACACCUGAUGUCACUGCAUGCUUUAAAACAUCCAUAUUCUAAUCCUCAUGUAGAUCUCCAGUAUUUCCAAAACGUUAGAAAUAAUGGACAAGCUAAAGAAGUUUGAAUUAAUUCCACAUGUGGAUUGAUUGUGGUGAUCAUCUAAAAAUAAUGAGACUUUCCAAAGCCGAAGGAGACGUCUGAAAAUAUCUUGUUUAAAGCUGUUAAGUUCACGGUGAUGAUGGAGGAAAGCAGCAAACUCUCACAUCUACAGUCAAGCCUGAAAUUAUUCAUACCCCUCACAAACUUUGACUUAGUUACUUUUAUUCAACCAGCAACUUUUUUUUGAUUGGAAAUGACACAGGUGAUUCCCAAAAGACAAUAAGGUGAUGUGCAAGAGGCAUCAUUGUGGAAGAAAUAGUUUCUCAGCUUUUAUUUACAUUUAAAAGUAACUAAGUUCAAAUUUGCCAGGGGUGCGAAUAAUUACGAGGCUGGAACGAGAUGAUAAUGUUGUAUUUUUUCACAGUUUUAUCAGAGCAUCAUUAGACUGAUUGUUUCAGCUUUAAGUCACCAUGCUACUGUGAGAGGGAUCACUCGUUCUAUUGAUCUGACUCAUUGUAAACACCAGGAUGAAGGGAUUUUAAAGUUAAUCAUCCACAUAGUUCAAAUGAAAACCUCAGAUAACUUGCUGUGCGGCUGAUACUUCUGGAUGCGGCUGGAAUGAGAACACACAUUCCUCAGUCCUGAUGUCCUUAAAUCAGCCUCUAUGUUUUCGACCACUAACUCGAGGGUUUCAUGACAUGAAUCGUGUCCGGUAAUCGACUUCUUCUGGUUCUUAAGGGCCACCUCGCAUGAAAGGACCUCAACCUCCCCCCUUCUCCACUCCCGUGUAAAACCUCAGAGUUUUCUAGUUUAUCAGUUUGUGUGCUUUACAAAACAACUACUGUUACUUUGUGUUUUUAGAGACCUAGUGGAACCUUUUAUAAUCCAGUCCAGCCCUGCUAUUAAACCUGUAAUCCUGAAUCAGAUGCAGUUUCUAACACACCUUCAGUCUGACUCCUCUCCUGCCAGUGGAAAUGAUUGGAAUCCUAGUGGGCGAGGCCACCUUUUAAUUCUUUUUUACCCACAUUCUGCAUGCAAAUACUAACCACAGUCCUGCUAGAGUUUAAGGAAGUGCAGGAUGAAACACACGGGAUUCACAAGAAAGUUAAAAAAAAAAAAAAAAAGUCUCGUGUUCAAGGUGCUUUUUAGAAUCUGCAGGUGAUGAAGUGAUUUGCAUGGAAUAGAAAAAGUCAACACAGACGUUCGUUCCCCUGUAUUCAUCAUGUUUGUGUAGAAAGAACUGACUCCAGCUCUGUUAGAGUUUCUAAUCUAUAUGCUUCUUUACCAGUCCAGACUGUUUUGUUUUUUUAAAGACUACGUUCCUCCUUUAGACUGCAUAUUCCUGCUGGCACCACAAGCGUUUAACUUCACCAGAGAAAUGCACAGGCUGCCCUCAUCCAGGGGAACCUCACUUAUGCAUUUAAAGGACUGUUUUCUUACUUGAAUUGGACUGUUUUUAGUAAUAUGCCUGUUUUUUUGCAUCUUUCUUUUGUACUGUCUGAACUUAUCUAUCCAAAUAAAAGUGAUUUCUCAGUC